GGGGAGAGAGAGAGAGAGAGAGAGAGAGAGAGAGGGGAUGCUUGAAGUGCAGCUGAGGACAAUAUAGGAAACGAAUGAGAGCGAAGUGUUCCAACUUCCAACACCACCACCGUGGCCUUUGGGGGGACUGAGUGAGUGUGUAGAGCAAGGAAGAAAGAGUUGAAAUAAAAACUGAAGUGGUAAUAGUCGUUGAUUUGUUAUUGCGCUUUGCAUUUAGCUCCUCCCGCUCUGUUUCUCCUCUUUUCGAACAACCAUUGCCAGUGCAACGCAUGGACACUCCUGAGAAUUGUUGUGUCAAGGUUGCGGUUCAUAUACGUCCCCUUAUCGCCGAUGAACGCCUUCACGGUUGUAAAGAAUGCGUUAAUGUUACACCCCGGAAAAAUCAGGUACAAAUUGGCACCCAUUCCUUUACAUUUGAUCAUGUCUAUGGAAGCAGUGGAUCUCCUUCAUCUGCCAUGUUUGAAGAAUGCAUUGCUGCACUUGUUGAUGGUUUAUUCCAAGGAUAUAAUGGUACUGUACUGGCUUAUGGUCAGACAGGAUCUGGGAAAACGUAUACCAUGGGGACUAGCUUCAAGGAUGGUUGCCAGACAGGACUUAUUCCUCAAGUUAUGAAUGCACUGUUCAACAAGAUCAAAACAUUGAAUCAUCAAACUGAAUUCCAGUUGCAUGUUUCUUUCAUUGAGAUUCUCAAGGAAGAAGUAAGGGACUUGCUGGAUUCUGUAGCUAUUAGCAAAUUGGAUACUGCUAAAGGACAUGCUGGAAAAGUUGCUAUUGACGGUAGGCAGCUGAUUCAAAUUCGUGAAACAUCAAAAGGAGCUAUAACACUUGCUGGAUCAACUGAAGUUACUGUUACUACAUUACAAGAAAUGGCAACCUGUCUGGAGCAAGGUUCUUUAAGCAGGGCAACUGGGAGUACAAAUAUGAACAACCAGUCCAGUCGGUCACACGCCAUCUUCACAAUCACAUUAGAGCAGAUGCAGAAAUUACGUUUGGUUCUUCCUCGUAAUGACAUGAUGGAUGAGGAAAUGGGUGAAGAGUAUUUUUGUGCAAAGCUCCAUCUGGUAGAUCUCGCUGGAUCUGAACGAGCAAAAAGGACAGGUUCUGAUGGUCUUCGUUUUAAAGAAGGUAUACACAUUAAUAAGGGUCUUCUUGCCCUUGGUAACGUCAUUAGUGCACUGGGUGACGAGAAAAAGCGGAAAGAGGGUGUGCAUGUCCCUUACCGAGACAGUAAACUAACUCGAUUGUUGCAGGAUUCACUUGGUGGAAACAGCAAAACUGUCAUGAUAGCUUGCAUCAGUCCUGCUGACAUCAAUGCUGAGGAAAGUCUUAUUACUCUCAAAUAUGCAAAUCGUGCUCGCAAUAUUCAAAAUAAGCCUGUUAUUAAUAGAGAUAUAAUAUCCAAUGAGAUGCAAAAGAUGCAGCAGCAGUUAAAGUACUUACAGGCAGAGCUUUAUGCUCGUGGGGAAGGAGUGCCAUCAGAUGAAGUGCAGGUCCUUAAGGAUCGGAUCAGUUGGCUUGAGGCUACCAAUAGGAACAUUUUUCAAGAACUCCAUGAAUACCGCAGCAGAUGCGGCGUCAUACAGCAGGAUGAAAUAGAUGCUCAAGAAAUCCAGAUCUGUAUUACAAAAAGCGAUGGACUUAAGAGGGGCUUGCAGAGCAUGGACUUAUCUGAUUAUCAGAUAGUUGAAGCCAUAUCAGGUGAAAAUUUGAGGGAAUUUGAUGAAGUAACUAAAGAGUGGGAGCAUGCACUUCUGCAAGAUACCAUGGAUAAAGAGUUGAAUGAAUUGAACGAACUCUUGGAACAGAAAGAGUCUGAGAUGAAACUUCUUGGGGGAGUUGACACUGAAGCACUCAAGCAGCGCCUUGGUAAGAAGAUCUUGGAACUUGAGGAAGAGAAAAGGAUCAUGCAGCAAGAAAGGGAUUGUUUGUUGGCAAAAGUUGAGAAUCUUGCUGCUAAUUUUGAUGGACGGAUACCAAAAAUGCAAGAAACUCAAGCUCAAAAAUUUAAAGCACUUGAAGCACAGAUUCUAGAUCUUAAGAAAAAACAGGAAAGCCAGGUCCAACUUUUGAAGCAAAAACAAAAAAGUGAUGAAGCAGCAAAGCGCUUGCAAGCGGAAAUACAGUGUAUCAAGGCUCAAAAGGUCCAGUUGCAGCAUAAGAUGAAACAGGUGGCAGAACAGUUUCGACAAUGGAAGACCUCUCGUGAAAAGGAAUUGCUUCAGCUAAGGAAGGAGGGAAGGAGAAACGAGUAUGAACGACAUAAACUCGAAUCACUGAAUCAGCGCCAGAAAAUGGUUCUUCAAAGGAAGACAGAAGAGGCUGCUACGGCUACUAGAAGACUGAAAGAGUUGUUAGAAGCUCGUAAGCCUGCUGCACGUGACCAUUCUGGGACAUAUGUGGGACAUACAGUGAUUGGACAGGGAAAUGAAAAACCUUUGCAAAGGUGGCUCGAUCAUGAGCUAGAAGUCAUGGUGAAUGUGCAUGAAGUUCGUUUUGAAUAUGAAAAGCAAAGCCAAGUACAAGCUGCACUGGCAGAAGAGUUGGCCUUAAUGAAACAAGUGGAUCAGUUUUCUUUUAAUGGGCAGAGUCCCCCAAGAGGGAAGAAUGGAUAUUCCAGACUGUUAUCCAUGUCACCAAAUGCAAGAAUGGCAAGGAUAGUUUCUCUGGAGAACAUGCUUAGCAUGUCUUCCAAUGCACUCAUGGCAAUGGCCACACAGCUUUCAGAAGCAAAAGAAAGGGAGCGUGCCUCAAUUGGUCGUGGACGUUGGAAUCACUUGCGCUCAAUGGGAGAUGCAAAGAACUUGCUUCAAUACAUGUUUGAUGCCGCUGCAGAAGCAAGGUGCCAGUUGUGGGAAAAGAACUUGGAGAUUAAGGAAACGAAAGAGCAGCUGAAGGAGCUUGUAUUUCUUGUACAACAGAGUGAAGCACAGAGAAAACAACUCAUAAAGGAGCAACAAGCGAGGGAACAAGCUGUUGCAGUUGACUCGGGUUCAUCAGCUUCGUUGGCGGAUGAUAUGAGUGGCCCCUUGUCCCCCAUGUCGCUUCCAGUACCAAAGCAACUAAAAUUUACACCCGGAAUUGUUAAUGGGUCUGUUAGGGAGUCGGCAACAUUUCUGGACCAGAUGCAAAAGAUGGUACCUGUAGGACAACUGUCAAUGAAGAAACUAGCAGCUGUGGGACAAGCUGCGAAACUCUGGAGGUGGAAGAGAAGUCAUCACCAGUGGCUACUGCAGUUCAAAUGGAGAUGGCAAAAACCAUGGAGACUCUCAGAAUGGAUCAAGCAUUGUGAUGAGACAAUCAUAAGGUCAAGGCCUCGCCCACCGGUUCUGGUUGAUAGCAUGUGAUAACUCCAAUACUCAUCAGCUUUCUUUUGGCGCACGGCUGGGCUGCCCUGUGGGAUCCAAAAGAUGGGUCGGUGGGAACGUCGAUUGGCAUCUCAUAAAUUGGUAAGAGGACAUUGGCAUUUUCCUUGGUAUUUUGGUGGAAGCAUUAAUGGAAUUUUUUGGUAUCUUUGGUUAUUUUCUGGAUUUGAUUGGUGAAGAUUACGUCAGAAGCAUUUCUCAGGCUGGCAGGCUCACCUCCCACGAAAGUAGUAGGAAAAUGUGGAUACCUGAGUGAGAGAGAGCAUUGGAUAUGCUGGAAGUUAAAUUCUGUGGUGUUACUUCGUCAUGACGAUAUGUUUUUUUCUUCUUCCCUUGUAUUUUGUAGAUAGCUUUGGUGAAGAAUACGAUCAAGGAGAGUCGAACAAGCCCAGUUAGAACUUCCAAGCUUGGACUGACUUUAACAAACUCAGGAAUCUAAUAUCAUCUUGAUUCUUGACCCCAAAAACAAAAAAUCUCAGAGAAUUACACGAACUGUUCUACCGAGGCAAAAGUCAAAGUUCAUGUAAAUGAUUCCCCCAAACUUCGUUCUUAUGUACAUACAGUCGUUAACUUAAGUGAUGCACAGCAGGACUGAUUAGAUUUAUUUAAGUGAAAAGUACAUAGAAUCAUAAACUCAGCUGGAAUUGAUCUUACAAUUUGUCUAUCACUAGUAACAAAUGAGUACUUGAG